GAGCCGUCAGUUCGGAAGACGCGCAGCGUCCCCAAUUUCAAGCAAGUGCGACUGUCUUUGUUGAAGAAUUGAUUCGUGAUAACAUUUCCUCCUUCCAAAAAAAUCUUGGAUCCAUCCAAUAUCAGUGAUUGGACAUGGCUAAACCUUUGCAUCAUGUGGAUACUCCCUUCGAGAAAGCCACCUUUGGAAUGGGUUGCUAUUGGGGUUGCGACUCCCUCUUCGGGGCAACCAAAGGGGUUCUUAGAACCUUGGUUGGUUAUGCCGGUGGAACCACGGAGUCCCCAAGGACCAAGCACGUGGGAGAUCAUGUUGAGGUAAUCGAGAUCCAUUUUGAUCCGAAGCAGAUCUCCUACACGGAUUUGUUGGCGAUAUUCUGGAAGAAUCACGAGUAUCGGGCAUCGGCUCGAUUGAAACGAGAGUACAUGAGUAUGAUUAUGUACCAUAGCGAGGAGCAACGCAAGAUGGCAGAAGCAAGCAAAGCAGAUCAACAGGUCAAGGAAGGGGAUGAAAUUGUUGUUACAGAGAUUGUCCCAGAAAGUCAUUUGUAUCCGGCGGCAGAUCAUAACCAAAAGUAUCGUCUGCAAGGACACGACUUUCUAUCCAAAGGGCUAGAGUUAACGCCGGAACUGUUGCAAACUUCUCAUGUGGCUGCUCGACUGAAUGGAUAUCUCGUGGGAGUUGGUGGGUUGGAUCAGUUUGAAGAGGAAGUGGAAAAGCUUGGAUUGACUCCGGAGCAAGCCCAAUACGUGCGCAAUUAUCUUGUUCAGUACGAAGGAGGGGCACUAUCCUGUUAGUAUUGUGAAGCAAUAAAAGAUACAUUUUUCUUAGAAUAAAUAUGAUUGGCUAAUUUGUUGA